GAAACAUUUCCCAGAUCCCAGUUGCUCUUCAAUUUAAUUUUUUAAACUCAACAAAAUUUAUCUUGAAACUGCUCGGUCUUGUCCAUAUUACUUAGCAUUCUUUCUCAUAACAGAAAUUUUCAAUACUCUUCUUAAUUGACUGAUUCACACAAUUUAAAGAGAUUGUUCCAGUCCACCAUUAUUGUAACUUUUACUUCAAAGAUGUCCGAGUCUAAAGUGCCAUUCAUUUUUAAAAAGCGAUCCAGAGGAGGUUCAGCUGCUGCUGGAGGCAUGAGAUGCCCUAGGAAAGGCUACAGUGAGAGCAGCAGCAGUGAUGACUCAACUCAAGUAGUGAAGCGGCCUAAGAAGAGGUCAACAGCCAAUCCCCUUGUGCAGACAAGCAAGGGAGCUGACAGCCGUCAUGGCAAGCAUGACUCUUCAGAUUCAGAUUCUUCGUCAGAAGAUGACUUGAGGUGAAGAUUAUCUUGCAUGCAUUAUUCUGACUUGUGAAAUUAGGAAAAAUUUAUUGUGGUGUGAUUUUUUUACCAUUUUCAGAUAUACUCUGAUUGCUUGUCUACCUAACUUACUGAGGACAUUGUGACAAAUUUCACCUCUUUCAUGUUCUUAUAAAGUGAGAUUUGUAA